AAUAAGCCUGCACCAGGGGAGGUCAUUUAUCUGGUGGGAGGAGUUAGGCCUAUUUCAGGCAGAAGCUCGAAAAACACGUUCCGCAAACUUUGCAUUUCAACCGUUUUCUUCCUGGAACAGGUGUCACCGGGAUCUUUCGAGCUCCGCUCCCGGUUCCCCGCCGUUUUUCUCCGGUUUGGUUAGCGGGACGACGCGCAGUAGCAGCCGGCGGGGAGCAUGGAUGCCUGCCCGGUGAGGAGCAGUCACACGGCCUUCAUCCAUGGCAACACGCUGUACGCGUGGGGAGGAUACCAGGUAGUUGCAGGACAGGAUGUCGUGUUGCCCAGUAAUGAGAUAUGGCUCUGCGAUUUAGACAGCGGCAUGUGGGAGAGAAAGGAGAUGACAGGAGACAUUCCUCCACAUUCACCAGGUUUCUGUGGAUCAAAUAUUAACAGCACACUCUAUGUGUUUGGAGGAUGUGACCCUGGUGGAUACUCAAACCAGAUGUUCAGUGUCGACAUGUCGAAGCCUUGCUGCUCCUGGAGGAAAGUUCUUAAUAGUACAGGGAAGACACCCUCUCCCCGAAACAAACAUUCCUGCUGGGUGCAUAAAGACAGAUUAAUUUACUUUGGUGGAUAUGGCUGUAAAACCAUGAGUGAGGUACAAAACGCAUUUCCAUCUAGCUUCAUUGUGGAAGAGAUGUCCUGGACAACAAUUGGAGACACUUUAUUCCAAUGUCUGGGGUGGAACAGUGAAGUCAAUGUUUUUGACACUCGAACCUCCACGUGGAGCAUGCCAGAGACUCGAGGUUCUGCUCCUUCCCCCAGAGGCUGCCAUGCCAGUGCAUUACUGGGAAACAAAGGGUUUAUCACGGGUGGUGUAGAAACAGCAGAGUUGGACAUCUUCUGCUUAGACCUUGAGACCUGGACAUGGACCCAAUUUGACUUCCAGCUUUCUUGCGCACCCCUUGGCCGCUCUAUGCACACCAUGACAUCCAUGUCUGAUCACACAAUCUUCGUAUAUGGCGGCCUUGGCACAGAUGGAAACACCCUAAGUGAUGCCUGGUUGUUUAACGCAAAAAGAAGAGAAUGGACCAAAGUGACACACCAACACAAGGACAAGCCCAGGGUUUGUCACACUGCAUGUCUGGGAAGUGACGGCAACGUUGUAGUGUUUGGAGGAACCAGCAAACUUUGCAUCCGUGUCGACUCUUUGGCUGUUCUGAGGACUCCAUCGGAGCAUCACUGCAGCGACGUUCUCUUUUUUCAGAUGCAGCCGUACUCUCUCUGCAGACUAAGUGAAGACUUCAUUGGAAGGAACUCUGAGCUUUUCAGUCAGAAACUCAGCUGGCUGCCAUCCAAACUAUACAACAAAAUAAAGAAGAGAGUGACCUUUUUCUCCAUCACCAAGCCUGAUCUUACAGCAUAAAGGAAUGUUUUUUUUACACCUACCAUGUUCUGAGCCACUUGGUUUCUUAAUGAAGUGUUUAAUUUUGUAUCUUUGUGUUCGUACAAUUUAAAUAUGUUGGUGCUAUAGAUGUGCUGUUUUAACUUGAAAUAGAAGUUGUAAAUAAAGUCUUUGUUUUAAAUACUA